AUGACACCUCCGCUAGACAUCGAAAGGGGCCAAGCCACCCAAACGCAGAGAAAAUCUGUGUCUCACAGCUGGGAUCAGAACCUCUCUGUCUCUCCCAUCGCAACCUUUCAGUCACCCCCACCAAGCUGGGCAAGAUCUCUGCCACAACGCGGUGCUCCGAAACAGCUCAAGCCGUUCAACACCCAGGACGUCAAGAUUCUACUGUUGGAAAAUGUCAAUCAAGCCGGAUGCGAUAUUCUUAAAGGCCAGGGGUAUCAAGUUGAAACCGUCAAGUCCUCGCUGCCCGAGGAUCAGCUGAUUGAGAAAAUUCGUGAUAUCCAAGUCAUCGGAAUUCGCUCGAAGACGAAACUGUCGGAACGCGUUCUCCGCGAAGCUAAGAACCUCCUUGUUAUUGGCUGCUUUUGUAUCGGCACAAAUCAAGUGGACCUCGAAUUCGCCGCACGCAAUGGCAUUGCGGUCUUCAAUUCUCCCUUUGCGAAUUCUCGCAGUGUUGCAGAACUUGUUAUAGGAGAGAUCAUCUCUCUCGCGCGACAGCUGGGCGAUAGGUCUAAUGAGAUGCACCGUGGAACCUGGAAUAAAGUCAGCUCUAAAUGCUGGGAGAUUCGUGGUAAAACUUUGGGGAUUGUUGGCUACGGCCACAUCGGAUCACAGCUUUCUGUCCUCGCAGAAGCGAUGGGUAUGACUGUUAUUUACUAUGACGUUGUUACUCUUAUGGCACUUGGCACUGCCCGUCAAGUUCCAACGCUAGAAAUUCUGCUCGAGGAAGCAGAUUUCGUAACGCUCCAUGUGCCUGACCUUCCAGAGACACGAGGCAUGGUAUCCGACAGUCAGCUAGGAUGCAUGAAAGAUGGUUCAUAUCUGAUCAAUGCAAGUCGCGGCAGCGUUGUCGACAUUCCGGCACUGGUCAGAGCUAUGCGAUCAGGAAAGGUUGCCGGCGCAGCUCUCGAUGUCUACCCUGACGAACCUGCUGGUAACGGAGACUACUUCACCAAUAAUCUCAAUCACUGGGCAGAAGAUCUGCGAACUUUGAAUAACAUCAUUCUGACUCCACAUAUCGGCGGCAGUACCGAAGAGGCCCAGCGAGCCAUCGGGGUCGAAGUCGCCGAUGCCCUUGUCCGUUACAUCAACCAGGGUAUCACGCUUGGCAGUGUAAACAUGCCUGAAGCCCAGCUGCGAUCGCUUACUCUCGAUGAGCCCAACCAUGCUCGAGUUAUCUAUAUCCACCGCAAUGUUCCAGGUGUCCUUCGUAGAGUCAACGAAAUCCUCGGAGAUCACAACGUUGAUAAGCAAAUCAGCGACAGCCGUGGGGACGUUGCUUAUCUGAUGGCGGAUAUCAGUAACGUUCAAUACGAGCAAAUCAAGGACAUUACGGAAAGCCUUGAAGCCCUCAGUUGUGAGUACCAGCGGCAGCCUGCAAUUUCACAAGCUAGAGUAUACUGA